CCGCUCUCGGCCGACCUCUGGUGUGAGGACGAGGCCGACCUGCUGCGCUCUUGCGGCCUGCUCAGCCGCAUGCUGGGCAUGUCCAAGAGCUUCAGCACAGGCGACAUCGCGCGCCUGCAGGAGGAGGCGGCGCCGCCGCGGCGCGCCGUCAGCCAGGCGGCUCUGCAGAGCGCGCGUGACGAGCUGGACAAGCCUCGCCUGGACCCGGCCAGCCGUUCCUGCAGCACGUGGGUGGCGGUCGGAGACCUGGCGUCCACCUCCCAGCUGCCGUCGCCGCAGGGCCGGCAGCAGGCGGCCGCCGGCCAGUCGCCAUUUUCGGCCGCCGAUCUCAUCAGAGCCGUCAACAAAAAGGUGCGCCAGAACUACAUCCGACGGCGCCUGCAGAUCACCUUCAAGGCGCUCCACCGCCUCUCGCAGAGCGAGUUCAACCUGGAGCAGCUGUUCAGCACCGGCGCUCUGCCGCCAAUGGGCGGCGUUACCAGCGCGGCCGCCACCGGCGGCAGUGGCGGCACCGGCGGCGGCGCGCGGCCGGCCGACGCGGCUCCGUCGGGCGUCACCGUGCGAGACGUGGACCGACAGCGCGGCCGGCCGCUCACGCGCUACCAGCGCAACAUGAUGGUCUUCAACUGGCUGCACACGCUCGACGAGAGCGGCCUCGAGGUGACCUAGGCGGGAUGCGGCGCCGGCCAGGCGAGGGGCGUAGGGCCCACCGUCCGGCCAAGCGCACACCGGGCAGCAACAGCACUGGUUCGGUGGUGAGGCUCAGCCUGCGCCCGCGGCGCCCACUCGGGUGGCCGCGCAGGCCGCUCGCGCCCGGCUCGGCGGGGCGAGCCGGUUCACAUGUCGACAAUCCCCGGCAGGCACCUGCUGCCAUUUGUUUCUGGCCCGGUGCCGGCCCGGCCGAUGGGCCCGUCCGUUUGUAUCGCGGCGUCUUCGCCGAAGCCUGCCGUGCAUUCGUCAGGCAGCAGUUGGCCCGUGUGCUGCUCCCCGCCUCCAGUCCGGCGCGCCGACGCCGUGUUGUGCUUUAUCCUCUGUCGUUUUUGCGUGAAGUUGAGUUUUGCUAUGCAGGUGCUUGAAGAAAAUAUGAAGGCCAA